CAGUCUGAUGCUCACCACACCGCCACACAAGUACAGCACGUUCGAGGCAGUGCCAAGUGGCCCUCAUCCGUUGGAGUCGGCAUCCGGCCUGUCCAAGCUCGCGUUCUCGUGGGCCGAGUCGAUGAUGUCGCUAGGCAACAAGCGGCAGCUGUCGCCCGACGACCUGUGGGAGCUGCAGUCCAACACCAAGGUGGCCCCACUGACCGUCGCGUUUGCUGCCGCGUACCAGCGCCUUGGCCAUGGCAUCCUGCGCACGUUUUUCUCCAUCUACUUGUGGCAGUUUAUCUGGCUCGGGGUGCUUCAAGUGUUUACGGCUGUGUGCGACCUGUACGGCCCUGGGUUUGUGCUGGGUCAGGUGAUCGCCGCGCUCGAAGCGCCCGAGUUCGACUCGACCUACGUGCUCCAGCUCAUCGCGUCGCUGUACGUGCUAUCGACCGUGUCUGCAUUUGCCAAGGUGCACACUAGCUUUAUGAACGACGUGGUCGGGAUCAAGUUUUCCGCGAGUUUGCGAGCCAUGUUGUUUGAGAAAGCGCUCAAGCUGAGCGCCAAGUCCAAGAAGGAAAAGACCGCGGGGGAUAUUGCCAACCUGUUUAGCGUGGACGUGAUCAACAUCAUGGUGUUCCCGCUCACGGCGCACCAAAUGUGGAUCGUGCCGCUCCAAGUGCUUGCGGUGCUGUACCUGCUCUUCCAAAUCGUGGGAAUCGCAAGUUUUGUCGGGCUCGCGAUCGUCGUGACCAUCGUGACCAUCAACGCUAAGUCCGCGGUGCUUCUCGGCAAAGAAGAAGAAACCCUGUUUGAGCGCAAGGAUAACCGGAUGAAAGUACUCAACGAAGUAUUUGGGGCGAUUCAAAUCGUCAAGUUCAAUGCAUGGGAGGAGAAGUUUCGGGCGCGGGUCCAAGAGCUGCGCGACCUCGAAGCCACCUCUUUGUGGACGUUUUACCAGUACGUGAUUGUGCUCAUGACACUCAUCAACUGCACGCCCGUGCUCGUGACUGUGUCUGUGUUUUCCGUGUUUACGCUGGGGAUGCACCAGGUCCUGACAGUGUCGGUCGUGUUCUCAACCGUCGCGCUGUUCAAGUCGCUACAAGACGCGAUGGCAAACCUCCCGUUCUCGAUCAUGAGCCUCGUUCAGUCACUUGUGUCAGCCAAGCGCAUCAACGACGUGCUACAGAUGGAGCAGGUGAACCCACACAACAUCGCGACCCCCGAAACCGACCCAGCCCUCGCGGCUACGUACGCCACGGACCAGUGUGUGGUUGCGAUUGAAGCUGGGUCGUUUGGGUGGGAUGCCGCCAGCCCGCUCUUCACAAACGUCAACCUCCGAGUGGCCAAGGGGGAGCUUGUGGUCGUGCACGGCGCCGUGGGUCAGGGCAAGUCGUCUCUGUGCUCCAUCCUCCUUGGAGAAAUGGACAAGUACGCUGGCAGUGUAUUUGUGGGGGGGGACGUGGCGUUCUUUGGCCAGCAGCCAUGGAUUCAAAACACUACGAUCCGGGAAAACAUUCUGUUUGGCAAACCCUAUGACCGCGUCAAGUACGCUAAAGUAGUUGACGCGUGUGCGCUGACCAAUGACAUGGCGUCGUUCCCGGCGGGCGACCGCACUGAAAUCGGCGCCAAGGGGCUCAACUUGUCGGGGGGACAGAAGGCGCGCGUGAGUUUGGCCCGCGCAUGCUACAGCGAUGCCGACAUCUUCAUCUUGGACUCGCCCUUGUCGGCCGUCGAUGCGAUCGUCGCGAGUGAAAUCUUCAAAAAGUGUUUGCUUGGGCUACUCCAGCACAAAACGAUCGUGCUCGUGACGCACAACCCUGAAAUCAUCGACUCGCCCCAUGUGAACCGCGUGUACUUGGUGCAAGAUGGCCACGUCAUUGCGUCCACAGCCCCCGCCCCCCACUCGGCGUCGGUUGGAAAUGCUUCUGGUACGUCGUCGCCGCCGCUAGUGUCGCCGCUACCGUCGCGUGCGCCGUACUGGACACCACCACCUACUACCGACGACAAUGUGCCGCCAGUGUACGAUGUCGCAAAUGUCCGUGAAUACGACAUGCUAGUCACGCCGUCGGUCCGUACCCCAUAUACGUUCAACACGCUGGAAAUGCUAUUCACCCCCCGCCAUACAAACCUCCCCCAAGGCGACGGCGGCAGCGACGACGAUGGACGCCUCGUGGUAGACGAAAACCGAGCGGAAGGGCGCGUAUCCGCCCAAGUCGUGCGCAAGUAUAUGGACUCGAUCGGGGGCUGGCCCGCCAUCACGCUGAUGCUGUCGGCAACCGUGGGCACUCAAGCGCUCAAAAUCUCGAGCGAUCUGUGGCUCACAUCGUGGACAAACUCAGGGGCAACCAUGUCUGCCCUCGCGUUUUCAGCCUCGACCAACUAUAACAUGGUCGUGUACGGGUCGCUGGCGGUCGGUAGCUGCGUGCUCACGGGGGUGCAGAGCUCAUCCGUGUUUUGGUAUUGCGUGCGUGGGGCGUCCCGCCUGUUUACACUCAUGUUGCAUGCGCUGCUGGAGGCGCCCAUGCGAUUCUUCGAUACAAACCCCAUCGGGCGCCUUUUGAACCGAUUCGGCGACGACAUUAGCACGUGCGAUAUGCAGAUUCCGUUUUCGAUUGCGCACAUGUUGUUUGAAGUGUCGAGCGCGGUGCUCACGCUUGGCACUACGCUUGUGCUCACACAGUGGCUCGGCCUUAGCAUUGUUCCCCUCUUGUACGUGUACUACCGUGUGGGGGCGUACUUUUUGGAACCCCUUCGCGAAGUGAACCGGAUUCAAAAAACGACGCGGUCGCCGCUCAUUAGCCUCGUGAGCGAAGGCAUCGACGGCUCGGCUACGAUCCGAGCGUAUGGACCCAAGCAACUCCGCCGAUUCUACCGCGUACACGACCAAAAACUCGAGGUGUUUUGCGCAUCGCGGUUCGUCAACUCGGCCAUCAACCAAUGGUUUAGCCUACGAAUUCAAUUGAUCAGCAGCACGAUCGUGGCCAUGAUCUUGCUAGCUGUCGUAGUAUUGCAUGAGUCGCUUAGCCCGGGCAUCGUCGGCUUACUCAUCACGUAUGGCCUCACGAUUCCGUCGAAUUUGGCGUACUUGGUUAACAUUUGGUCCCAGCUCGAGACGUCCUUGAUCUCCCCCGAGCGAUUGUACGAGUACAUCAACUUGGAAAAGGAAGGCGACCGCUACUCGAGCGCUGGGGGGGAUGUCCAUACGUGGCCAUCUGCUGGCCAAAUCCAGUUUGACAACGUGAGCUUCCGCUACAAACCCAACGACCCGCUCGUGCUAAAACACGUCGACUUCGUUGUGCGAGGAGGCGAAAAGAUCGGCAUCGUCGGGCGCACUGGCGCCGGCAAGUCGAGCUUGAUGAUGGCGCUGUUUAGGAUGAACGAAGUUGCGUCCGGUAGCAUCGCCAUCGACGGCGUCGAUAUCGCCACCGUUGGACUCAAGCACCUUCGCAGCAGCCUCGCCAUCAUUCCGCAGAACCCCGUGCUGUUCAAAGGCACGCUGCGCAACUACUUGGACCCGUUCGACGAGUACAACGACGCCCAGCUAUGGGAUGCCCUCGGCAAGGUCAAGUUGAUGGAUCGGUUGGCCACCGUCGAGGACAAACUGCUCGGUCCAGUGGAAGAGAACGGAGAAAACUUUAGCGUGGGCGAACGCCAAAUGCUGUGCAUGGCUCGAGCGCUGCUGCACCAGGCCAAGAUUGUCGUGCUGGACGAAGCCACGGCCGCCAUCGAUCACGAAACGGACCAGUUAUUGCAGCGCGUGAUCCGAGACGAGUUUGCCGCGUCCACCGUGCUAACGAUCGCCCAUCGACUCGACACGGUGCUCGACUGCGACCGCAUCAUGGUGUUUGACCAGGGUCAGCUGGCGCAAUGCGAUUCCCCCAAGACCCUCGUGUCGCAAGGCUCGGGUAUUUUCUUUGAACUGGUUACGGAAGGCGGAUACAUGGACAAGAUGGUCGUGGCAUAACUAACUACUAGUACAGUUUGGACGCGGAUUCUUUUAGUGUCUCCAAAGAUGUUGGUAAUAAAACUUGAUGUGGUGUUGACA